AUGUAGAUGGCUGUCGUUGGAGGCCAAAAAUUAAGAAGAACAGUAAGACCAAAUGUCAAAAUAAUCACUAUGACGUCGACGUCUGUCAAUGGCAUGUUUAUUUAUUUAAUAUUUCUAGAGAUGGGAAAAUAUUUUUUCUAGCAAAAGAGAACUGUGUUUAAAAAUUGAUUUUUACAAAUAUUGUGAUGUUUAAUUUUAAUAUCAUAUCUACUAAUUCUGUUUACUAAUUGCAAAUUUAUUUAUUUGCUGAUGACAAAGGAAAUGAGCCUAUAUUCAUUUACUGAAUAUUUUGAUGAUAUAUCAAUGUCACGUCGACGAGGAACAAAAAACAAUGACAUUAACUAUUCGAAAUUGCCAACAACUGAUCAAGGAUUUACAGAUGCCCAGUUUCAAGCCCCUGCUCAACAAAUUCCCUGGAGAGCUAUUGUCCUAGCUACCCUACUUCUUGUAGUGGGUACCACUCUUCUAGUAUUUGGUAGCAUGGUAGUAUCCGGACACAUAGUUGUUGAGUAUGCUAGUCGAAUGUGGCCUAUGAUUGUGUUAGGGAUUCUAAUGUUUAUUCCGGGAGCUUACCAUGUGAGAAUUGCAUAUUAUGCUUACAAGAAAGUACCUGGGUAUUCCUUUGAUGAUAUUCCUGAAUUUGAGUAACUUUAUUGAUGAGAGUUAAUCACAUUUCACAAUAUUUUAAUUAGGUGACAAUGUUAGCAUAUACAGUAGCAUGUCGAUAAUCCGGACCUCAAAAAUCCGGACUGUCAAUAAUCCGGAUUUGUAUCUAGCAAAAAUAUCUGAUUCUUUUAAAAUAAAUUAAGAACUUCGCUGCGAAAUACGAACCUCUACCGCAGUUCAAAAAUAUUGUACACAUUUUUUUAAAAGCCCAAAUAGUGUCUGAUGUUUUUACUGUACACAUGGUGCUAUUAUAAAUUAAUUACAAUACAGUGUUUAAACAUAAAAAAAUGUUUUGAUUAAUUUCACCUCUAGACACUUUACUGUACAAGAGAAAACAUAAAAUUUUAAAACAUUUGUUGUACUUUAAUGUGUAUACUGGCCUUUUUUGAGGUAAUUUCGAUAAUCCGGAUAAUUUGAUAAUCCGGAUGGGGUCCGGUCCCAAUUAAUCCGGAUUAUUGAUGUUCUACUGUACAUUUAGAAAGUCUUAAAAUAGCUGGACAGGCAAAAAGGCUUUAUUUUUUUAACAGCUAAUAUUAUUUUACUCACUAAAGUCUUAGGCAGCUUUUUGACAAGAUGAAAGGAUACACUGUUACUUGUGUGUUGCUCUUAUAUAAACAAUAUAAAUGCAAUUAUAUAGAAAUAUUACAAGUGAUCUGUAUUAUCUUGUUAUGUAGUUUUUAUAUUGAUUACACUGGCCUGCGUUUCAAAAUUUUUUUACAAGGUCAAAGAGUUUUACAGGUGAUUUUAUACAAUGUGUCAAUUUGAAAAGGUGCUCUCUAUGGAAAUUAAAAAAAAAAUGUAAAACACUUCAAAUUUGUUUGUGAGGGGGACAUCUUGUAGACCAGUUUUCAAUUAAAUUACAUCAACCCUCUAGCGGGGCAGACACAACCCCCAAAAUCUUUAAUGGAAAGGGGGAUUGAGUGAUACUCAUUUUAAAGAUCAUUUAACCAUCUUUUAAUAACACCACACAUUAUAUUUAUUUUCAGUACUUUUGGAAAAAUUAAGUGAAAAUGUACAGAUAUUAAGUAUUGAGUUCAGAACUCCAAAAUUUUUUGGGGUAUUGACUCCAAAUUGAAUUUUUUUUGGAGUAUAUCUAUCCUUGUUAAGUACACCAUCUUUUCACAAAUUCAAUAAGAGGUAAGUAAUAAAAGAUUGCAGAAACUGCAGACUGCAACCUAAACAAUUCAGUCAUUGCUCACCAGUUAAGAAACCUUGAAUCCAAACCUACAUGAUGGUGUCUAUUUUCUACCAGUGUCUGAUGAUCAUCUUAAAAGUGGGAAACACUGUGGGAACAUGUCAUAGUUUAACAGGAACACAAACUUUUAUAUGGGAAGGAGAGUACAUUCAUUUCUUUCAGUGUGUUUUAUGCAGCUUGCAUUUCAGUGUGUAUUUCAGUAUGUAUUAUAAUAUUAUGUAUUGAAUAGAGUGCACUCUGUUUCAAAUAUGUAAACUUAUGUUAUAGUAAAGAAGAGUUGGUAAAAUGUGUAAAUGAAAACAGUAAUGUGUGCUGAAAAUGAAGUGCCUUAAAAAAUAUAGGAACUUAUUUAUUUGAUAGAUUUAUUAGAUAUAACAAUGACAAAUAGCUGGAAUUUUACCUAGCAGCACUAAGUUAAACACAUUAAUUGUUUAUUGUCUUCAAAAAUCACUAUUACUUUAAUCUUUGUGGUUUUUACCAUAAUAUUUAAAAACAUUCUUAUUUAGUUUAUUUGGAAUAUUUAAAUUAUUUAAAAUUAUUUAUUUUAUCCCUAUACUUAUUGUCAUAUACCUACUUAUGCCAUGAAAAAAAGCACUUGGUAUAGUUAAUGCAAUAUUUUCAUUCUCAAGAGGUCACAUUCUAGAUCUAGCAUGAUUUAUAAUUUGUAGUUGUAGACAAAAAAUGUUUAUUACACUUAAUAAAACUAGUCAAUUCACAAUAGGACUUUUCAACAAUUCUCAUUUGUUUCGAGCGUCUGUCAUAUGUUGUAUAAUCCGUGAAUAAUAUUAAUAUACACGGAUUAUACUACAAUAUAUGAUAGCAGCUCGAAACAAAUGAGAAUCAUUGAAAAGUCCUAUAAAUGUUGCUUUAUACAACUUUUUAACGCUUCUCAUUUGUUUCGAGCAUCAGUCAUAUGUCGGAUAAUCUAUGUAUAAUAUUAAUAUAUGACAUAUGACACAAGCUCGAAACAAAUAAGCAUUGAAAAGUCCUAUUGUACGCAUUUUAUAUGAAUAUUUUAAAUUUAAAUAGUUAGAAAUAGGUAUAAUAUUUAUUUGUUUUAUACAUUUUUGUACCUGUCACUUAUAGCAAGUAGGUAUCUAAAAAAAAAACUAAAUAAUAUAAACACCAACUUAAAUGCAAGCUAUGUAUGUAUAAAGAACAAUAAAAAUAUUUAUAUUUGUUCA